AUGCUGGCUGAGGCGUGGAAACCCUCGCCGAGGGUGCGAUCGGUCCUCCGAGAUAAACUCCGACAACUAUAUACGUCAACUGCUGCGCGGGCUGUUUUCAUCCUCGCCUCGGUGGUCGUCCUCGGAAUUGGCCUCUCGUCACUGUGGUCAAAUGUCCUGGAUCGCAUCCACAUCCACCAUGAUAUGUCAUGGUAUGGGCUUGGAUUGUACGGUCUCGCGCCAUCAACUCAGUAUGAGUCUUUCGCAGCACUCACGCCCUCGCUUGAGUAUCCCCGUUGGGAUGCGAGGUGCAGCCAGGAUUACGUCUUCCUCGGCUGGAGGGGCCAUGAGGUCGACGAGCCGGGUGCUGUUAUACUUGACAACAAGGGCGAUCUGGUUUGGCGACAAACAGGCUCCGAUGAGGACCAGAAUGAUGUGAGGCCACAGAUGUACCGCGGAGAGAGAUUCCUCACUUUUCAGAUGGACGGGCCGAACGGAAACAGGUCUCAGGGUUACUGGUACAUGAUGGAUCAGUCAUACACUAUCAGGUAUCGGAUAAGGCCCAAGGGGUUUCCCCAUGCCGAUAUGCACGAGUUCCAGAUCACCAACGAUAACACGGCCGUGAUUGUUACGACAAUUCCCAUCCCUUAUGAUCUGCGCAGCGUCGGAGGCCCGGAACACGGAUGGCUCGAGAACGGUUAUUUCCAAGAACUCGAUAUUGAAACUGGGGAGCUUCUCUUCGAGUGGUCAUCUAUUGACCACUUCCUACCCAACACGACCAUGGAGCCCCAAGACAAUUGCUUGAUCGACCCCAAAGCCAGGUUCGCGGGGUGCGGCGACAAAGAGGACUCUGCGUUCGAUUACUACCAUCUUAACAGCGUGGAGAAGGAUUCCAAAGGCAACUAUCUCAUUUCAGGCCGCAACAUGUGGGGCAUCAGCUACAUCGAUGGGAGGAAUGGUGAUGUUCUUUGGACCUUAGGGGCAGGAGAGGUGAACGACUUCAAGGAUCUCUCGGACGGCGCCGCAUUAGAAUUCUCAUGGCAGCACUUUGCGCGCUGGGUUGAAGAAGGGAAAAGUCUCUCGUUCUUUGACAACCACUAUCACCGAAUUGGUGACCCAGCCGGAGAAAGUGGUGGCCGAGUCGUCGAUAUCGACGUCCCGAACCGAACCGUUCAGCUCCGAAAGGCGUACAACCAUCCUCACCAUAUCAGACCAGAGUCUCAGGGAAACAUCCAGCACCUAGAUAACGGCAACUACAUGGUUGGAUGGGGAAGUUCCGGGGCGUUCACAGAAUUUGCUGGCGACGGCGAGGUGCUCUGUGACGCCCGGUUCGGUGCGGAGGCUUUCUUCGAGUUCUCACCAGUGAGCUCCUACCGCGUCUUCCGCGGCGAGUGGACGGGAAGACCACUAUAUCCGCCGAGUGUGGCAUUGAACAGCGGCCAAGCUUAUGUUAGUUGGAAUGGGGCGACCGAGGUUGUCAAGUGGCAGGUGGAAAUGAAGAACGAGAACUCACAAACAGUGCAUGUUAUUGCGCAAGCGUUCAAGGAUGGAUUUGAGACGACAAUCGAUCUUCCGACAAAUGCGGCAGACUCAUUGGUUCGUGUUGUCGCCUUGGGCGUUGACGGCGAGGUGCUGGAUGCGUCGGCAUUCAAGAGGGUGCCCAAAUGGGACAGCUUCAGGACGACACUAAAUAACUUGAUAGUGUUCAGUAUCCUCGCAGUGUUUAUCGCGUCCCUAUGUGGCAUGAUGAUUUGCCUCUACGCCUCGCACGCAGCAGGUGCUGUAGACACCAUUUUCUAUGAUGAGACGUGGGCGGGCCCAGUGCGCCUGGCUGCAGGUGGCACCACGCCAAGCUCUACCAAUACCUCGUCUUCAAACUCAACAUGGGCUGGGUUCAACAGAGUCGAGGCAACCCUCGUAAUGCCGCGGCUUGCUAUCCCAAGCCAUCCCAGCGAGCGUGUUGAUCAAUAUACGGCUGCUUUUUGGAUUGGGCUGGACGGAUUCGUACUGUCCGGGGACGAAGCACAGGGGACAGGGACAGGUACUGUGCGUGGCCUGUGGCAAGCCGGCGUCUUCAUGUCGAUUUGGGAGAACGGGACGUCCGCCUACACGGGAUUCUAUGAAUGGGUACCGAAUGAUCCAAUCAGCUUGACAUCGUCCCAGUUGGCGAUCUCUGAAGGUGACCACGUGCAUGUAGUCGUUGAGACGUCGGACGGAGGUUACUAUGGCAACACAAGCUUGACGAACCUCAACACAAGCCAGGCCUAUUCAUUCGGACAGGAGGCCCCAACGACGUGGCGGGGACCGACGUGGCCGUCGCCAGGAACGUCAGCAGAGUGGAUCAUCGAAGCCGGCACGUAUCUCAACAGUACACGUCAUAUCUUCCCGGACUGGGGAAAUGCGACAAUGUUCAAUGCAAAAGCUUGCUAUGGCGACAACGACAGUGCUUGUAUUAUGGCAGGUGCGAGCGAUGAGAAUGACUUGCGAAUGACAGCUAUGCGCUUGAAUGAGACGGGAAUGUUAUACACUCGAUCAUAUGUCGAAGCUGAUCGAGUGUGGGUUGCUUAUGUAGAAGAGCCCUUUGUGGAAUAA